CAGGCAAACAGGAAUGCAGGCAGGAAGGCGGGCAGGAAAGCAGAAAGGAAUAAAGGCAGGCAGGAAGUCAGUCAGGCAAAAAGGCAGGCAAAAAGGCAGGCAGGAAGGAAGGCAGGAAAAAAGGAAGGAAGGCAGGUAGGAAGGCAGGCAGGCAAGGGGGCAAGAAGACAGGUAAGAAGGAAGGCAGACAGGAAGGCAGGCAGGAAGGCAGGCAAGAGGUAUGGAAGGCAUGCAUGAAGGAAGGGAAGAAAGAAGGCAGGUAGGUAGGAAGGCAGGUAGGAAGGCAGGUAGGAAGGCAGGGAGGCAGGAAGGAAGGCAGGAAGGAAGGCAGGAAGGAAGGAAGGAAGGCAGGCAGGAAGGCAGGAAGGCAGGCAGGAAGGCAGGAAGGCAGGCAGGAAGGCAGGCAGGAAGGAAGGCAGGAAGGCAGGAAGGCAGGAAGGCAGGAAGGAAGGAAGGAAGACAGGAAGGGAGGCAGACAGGAAGGCAGGCAGGAAUGCCGGCAGGCAGGAAGGAAGGCAGGAAGGCCGGCCGGAAGGCAGGAAUGCAGGAAGAAAGUCAGGAAGACAGGAACAAAGGCAGGCAGGGAAAAAAGAAGGCAGGAAUGAAGGAAGGCAGGAAGGAAGGUAGGCAGGAAGGCAGGAGGGCAGGAAUGAUGAAGGCAGGAAGGCAGGAAGGCAGGAAGGCAGGCAGGAAGGAAGUCAGGGAGGCAAGGAGGCAGGAUGGAACCAAGGAAGGCAGCCUGGUAGAAAGGCAGGAAGUCAGGAAGGAAGGCAGGAAGGCAGGAAGGCGGCAGGAAGGCAGGAAGGCAGGCAAGGAGGCAGGAAGUUAUGAAAGCAGGCGGGUAGGGGGGAGGACAGGCAGGAAGGCAGGCAGGAAGGCAGGAAGGAAGGCUGUAAGGCUGGCAGGAAGGAAGACAGGCAAGAGGGCAGGCAGGCAGGUAGGAAAAAAGGCAGAAAAGAAAGGAGGCAGGAAAACAGGCAGGGGGUACGGAAGGCAGGCACGAAGGAAGGCAGGCACGAAGGAAGGCAGGAAGGGAGGAAGGGAGGAAGGAAGGAAGGAAGGAAGGAAGGAAGGAAGGAAGGAAGGAAGGAAGGAAGGAAGGAAGGAAGGAAGGAAGGCAGGAAGGAAGGAAGGAAGGAAGGAAGGAAGGAAGGAAGGAAGGAAGGAAGGAAGGAAGGAAGGAAGGAAGGAAGGAAGGAAGGAAGGAAGGAAGGAAGGAAGGAAGGAAGGAAGGAAGGAAGGAAGGAAGGAAGGAAGGAAGGAAGGAACGCAGGCAAAAAGGAAGGCAGGAAUAAAGGAAGGCUGGUCGGCAGGAAGGAGGCAGGAAGGACAGAAGACAGGAAGGGAGGCAGACAGGAAGGUAGGCAGGAAUGCCGGCAGGCAGGAAGGAAGGCAGGAAGGCCGGCCGGAAGGCAGGCAUGCAGGAAGAAAGUCAGGAAGACAGGAACAAAGGUAGGCAGGGAAAAAAGAAGGCAGGAAUGAAGGAAGGCAGGAAGGAAGGUAGGCAGGCAGGAAGGCAGGCAGGCAGGCAGGAAUGCAGGCAGGAAGGCGGACAGGAAAGCAGAAAGGAAGGAAGGCAGGCAGGCAGGAAGUCAGGCACGUAAAAAGGCAAGCAAAAAGGCAGGCAGGAAGGAAGGCAGGAAGGAAAGCAGGCAGGAAGGCAGGCAGGCAAGAGGGCAGGAAGACAGGUAGAAAGGAAGGCAGACAGGAAGGCAGGCAGGAAGGCAGGCAGGAGGCAUGGAAGGCAUGCAUGAAGGAAGGCAACAAAGAAGGCAGGCAGGCAGGAAGUCAGGCAGGCAGGAAGGAAAGCAGGCAGGAAGGCAGGAAGGAAGGAAGGAAGGAAGGCAGGUAGGAAGGCAGCCAGGCAAGAGGGCAGGAAGACAGGUAAGAAGGAAGGUAGAGAGGAAGGCAGGCAGGAAGGCAGGCAGGAGGUAUGGAAGGCAUGCAUGAAGGAAGGCAACAAAGAAGGCAGGCAGGUAGCAAGGCAGGUAGGAAGGCAGGUAGGAAGGCAGGGAGGCAGGAAGGCAGGAAAGAAGGCAGGAAGGAAGGCAGGAAGGAAGGCAGGAAGGA